AUGUCGUUCGUUGAUAGUAUUAUCUUGUCGGCCCCUCAGGGGUCUAAUCCAUAUACAUAUGCGGCCGAUUUCGUUGCUACGAUCAUACCUCCCAAGCCAGACUGGUACUUUGUGAACAUCAUCGCCUCUGGGAUAGUGGCAGCCAUUAACCUCAUCUCAACCAUCGCAUGUUUCAUUGUAAUGUGGAAACGAUCCCAGGCCGGGACCGGGGUCGGCCUCUGGUUUUUCCGAUUAAGAUAUGGCCAUUCUAGCCGCAUGUACUUUUGGUAUGGCUUUGUUUUCAUCUGGGACGCGACUGGGAUGUGGACCAGCGCCUUUGGUACACUGUAUGCGACACUGCUCCCCAAGCUCUUUACCGUCACUCCUUCAUCCCACUCCGCCCUCCGAGGGUUUCUCCUUCACCCGAUCACCUUGAAUGUGCUAUGUUUCAUGCCUCCAUCUGGACUGGCUUUGACGCAGGUGAUUACAUCAACCUACUCGGCUAUCGCGUGGAGCGACCUUGUGCACACUCAAUUCGGUCUUAUUGAUCUACUCAAAAUGCUUGCCGGACAAUGGGCCCAAAGCGCUACACAUGACUUGGAUAGAGCAUUGGCCGCCCGGGCUGACGACAUGGGCACGCUGUUCUUGAUACAAAAAGACAAGAGUCAGGUCGCGUUCCAGAAGAACGCAUGGACAUGUAAGCCCAAUUCGCUCCUACCCGCGGCCAACUCGCUAAUCUGCUCGCUUAGGCGGGGCAUGGUACUUACUUUGCAUCGUCUUGUUCACGCCUACUGCCGUUUGGCUACUUUGGGUCAUCAGGGACACGAUCAACCAACGUACCCGCCGGGUCACACCACACGCCCCGCCUCCGACGAGUUCCAACGGUCUCCCGAUUCAACAGCCCCACCCGACUGCGUUCGGGACGCUCAGCCGAGGUCGAGUUUCGCGCCGUUUUCUCAAGGACGCCAGGCCGCGACCAAUGCUCCUUACAAGCAACCCAACACCCCGGGAGCUGUGGGUGCGAAUUGGACGACAAAUAGUCAAGCCGGGCAAAACAAUGAUGAUAGCAUCAAGCCGCUUAAACGAGCACUGUUGACUGCCAGUUUGCAAUUUGCGGCUACUUUCUUCUGUCUGGGUGUCGCUUCGGGUUCGUGGCUGUGGAUAGCUGCGGAUGCCGGACGGUUGAUUGUCAAUCCGACGCUUCACGCACUCGCCAUCUUGCUCACGAUCUGGGUCUAUGUGAUUGUCGGGUGCUUGGUCAAUCUCUUCAUCUUGAUCCGGACUCGGCGCCCCGACGAUUCCUCAACUAGCGGAAACAAUAUGCCCCUCUCAGCAAUAAAAGCAUCACAUGCCUCAUCCUCCCAAUCCCACACUCGGUCCGAGCUGGAGCGAAAACCGGUAUACAUUGUGGCCCACACCACAACGCAUGUAGUCGUGGAUGACCCCGGCCACCGAUCUUCUGGUUCUGACCAUGCGGUUGACGUCACCUCGGGUGGAAGGCAACCAUACGACGGUCAGGGCGAUAUGGAGAGCGCUUAUAGUUUGAGUAGCGCUCAUUUUGCGGAUGAUCCGGCCAAGAUCAAAGCCUUGGAUGAUGUCGAGUGGUCGAAGCGAUGA